CUGGCCAUGGCUGACCUGCUCUUUGCCCUGACCUUGCCGAUCUGGGCUGCCUCCAAAGCAAAGGGCUGGAUCUUUGGCACACCCCUGUGCAAGGUGGUCUCACUCCUGAAGGAAGUCAACUUCUACAGUGGUAUUCUACUGCUGGCCUGCAUCAGUGUGGACCGCUACCUGGCCAUUGUCCAUGCCACACGCACACUGACUCAGAAGCGGCACUGGGUCAAGUUCAUAUGCUUAGGCAUCUGGACCCUGUCCUUGAUCCUGGCCCUGCCCGUCUUUCUCUUCCGCAGGACCUAUCGACCGCCCUAUUCAAGCCCAGUCUGCUAUGAAGACUUGGGUGCCAAUACAACAAAAUGGCGGAUGGUGUUGCGGGUCCUGCCCCAGACUUUUGUCCUCGUGCCCCUGCUGGUCAUGCUGUUCUGCUACGGAUUCACCCUGCGCACGCUGUUUGCGGCCCACAUGGGGCAGAAACACCGGGCCAUGCGGGUCAUCUUUGCUGUGGUGCUCGUCUUCCUGCUCUGCUGGCUGCCCUACAACCUGGUCCUGAUCGUAGAUACCCUCAUGAGGAUGCGGGUGAUCUCGGAGACCUGUGAGCGUCGCAAUGACAUAGGCCGGGCCCUGGAUGCCACUGAGAUCCUGGGCUUCCUCCACAGCUGCCUCAAUCCUCUCAUCUAUGUCUUCAUUGGCCAGAAGUUUCGCCACGGACUCCUCAGGAUCAUGGCCAUCCAUGGCCUGAUCAGCAAGGAGUUCUUGGUCAAGGGCAGGCCUUCCUUUGUUGGCUCUUCUUCAGGGAACACUUCUACCACCCUCUAAGACCCCCUGCACAGGGCUCUUCCCUUCCCUUCACCAUCCAUUCCAAGCCUCAUAUCCUCUGACUGUUCACAGUCUGCAUGUCAAGGCAGCCUGCCAUUCUGGUUACAGGGAGUUGCUGAGGCCACAUCCUUACCAGG